AUGUCCCGCGAGGCGCAAAUCAAAGAGUGGCAGGACCGAGCUGAGGCCUUGAAGCCGCUCAACCUGAAGCAAAUCGAGGGUCAAUUGGGAGAACUGGACGCACACCUCACUCUCCGGAGCUACAUCGUGGGCUACUCCCUCACCGACGCCGACUUGACAGUGUGGAAGACGCUGCGGGCCAACCGAGUCGCACAUGCCUACAUCAAGCAGAAUCUCAUGGUCAACCUGUCCCGCUGGUUCAACUUCGUCGAAGAGACCGCCAAGCCGUCCAUUGACCUGCCCACGCGACCAGCAAAGGAGGCUGCAGAUGAGGGCGGCAGCUAUGACAUUGGUCUCCCAGACACAGAAAAGGGCGUAGUCACCAGGUUCCCGCCUGAGCCUUCAGGCUACCUCCAUAUCGGCCAUGCCAAGGCCGCCUUGCUCAAUGACUACUUUGCGCACAAGAAGUACAACGGUAAGAUGAUCGUUCGCUUCGACGAUACCAACCCGUCCAAGGAGAAGCAGGAGUUCCAGGACUCUAUUCUCAAGGAUUGUGAGCUGCUGGGAGUCAAGCCAGACCAAGUCACCUACACCAGCGACUACUUCCAGGAUCUCUACGAGCGAGCUGUACAGAUGAUCAAGGACGGCCAUGCGUAUGCGGAUGACACCCCACAAGAGCAGUUGCAAGAGGAGCGCAGAAACAGGAUAGAGAGCCAGCAUCGGAAUGAUUCUGUCGCGGACAACCUGGCACACUUCGAGGAGAUGAAGAAGGGCACGGAGGAGGGUAAGAGGUGGUUCAUCCGUGCCAAGUUGGACAUGGCCAGCAACAACGGGGCUUUGAGAGAUCCUGUCAUCUACCGCUGCAACCCAGAGCCUCACCACAGGACAGGAAGCACGUGGAAGAUCUACCCCACCUACGACUUUGCCUGCCCUGUUGUAGACUCCGUCGAAGGCAUUACCCACGCGCUGAGAACGACCGAGUACAACGACCGCGACCCGCAGUAUCAGUGGUUCAUCAAAAUUCUUGGCCUGAGACAUGUCCACAACUGGAACUUCUCCCGCAUGAACUUCAUCCGCACCUUCCUCUCUAAGCGAAAGCUCACCAAGGUCGUCGCUGAGGGCAAAGUCUGGGGCUGGGACGACCCUCGCAUGCCAACUGUCCGUGGUAUUCGUCGCCGCGGUAUGACCAUUCCCGCACUGCAAGAGUUCAUCGUCAAGCAAGGACCCAGCAAAAACAUCAACAUGAUGGACUGGACCGCUUUCUGGGCGACCAACAAGAAGUACAUUGAUCCUAUUGCGAAGCGCUACACUGUUGUCGUGGCGAAGGACAAGGUGACUUGCACCGUCGCUGGAGCACCAGAAGCUCCUCGUACUGAAGAGAAGGACGUUCACGCCAAGAACACCGAUCUCGGCAAGAAAAAGGUCGUCUACAGCAAGACCAUCAUCCUCGACCAGGAAGAUGCCCGAUCGUUCGGCGAGGACGAGGAGAUCACGCUUAUGAACUGGGGCAACGCCAUCGUCCGUAAGAAGAAGUACUCUCUCAACCCACUCAAUCUCGUCAAGAGUGAGGUAGACAAGCCCGUCACCGAGCUCGAGCUGGAGCUGCACUUGCAAGGAGACGUCAAGAAGACGUCCAAGAAGGUGACUUGGCUAUCCACCGAGCAGGAGCUUGUACCGGUCACCAUGUACGACUUCGAUUACCUCAUCACCAAGGACAAGCUGGAGGAUGACGACGUUCUUGAGAACGUGCUGAACGAGAAGACCGAGUUCAAGACGGAGGCUCUGGCGGACUGCAAUGUGGCUGAACUGAAGGAGGACGACAUUGUGCAGUUCGAUCGCAAGGGUUUCUUUAGGAUCGACAAGGCUUUCAAGCAUGGCGAGAGCGCUGUGGCUUUCCAGAUUCCUACGGGCAAGAAGAUGUAG